GAGAUAGAGUACUUGCAACUUGCCGUCGUGCAGCGCUUAGCUUAGCUUCGAUUUCGGCCCCAGGUGGCCCGUUCGCCGACAGACACGGUCGGUAGAUGCAAGCACGGCAUCGACGGCGGAGCGAACAACUGCAAUACAUUGCACCUCAGCUGCCAAGAAUCGGCGCGUCAAUCAUGGUCCGACCUAUACUCGCUUGCUUGAACGAAGUGAAUCUCCGCAAGAUGUUAGGUGGGCUUCGGUGAGCCUGUUCGGACAUUGUGUGGGUCCCUAAACCGAGCGGCACCGAGUCGGUUCCUGACCUGCAUCUGACUGCGCUGACACGACGAUGUCAACACCACCGGCAGGAGAUGCGCCCGGCACUGGGAAACGGGACAACCAUACGCCGAGCUGCACCGUUUGCCAGAGACGGAAAGUGAAAUGUGAUCGAGUCUUUCCCUGCGCCCCCUGCAAGAAAACCGGCCUGCAAUGCGAAUUCAAGCCUCGCGACUCGAGAGGCCGAAAGAGAGUCAAGUAUACGCAUGACGAUGACUCGCGUAUUGGCGCCAAUCGAAUUGGAAGGGUGCAAGUGGACGAUCCGGAGGGACAACGAUACUCGUCUGCGACAGAUGAGCAUGCGCGGAGACGGAAGAGCUCACAGACAGAGCAUGAUCAAGCUGAGAAUGCCCGGCUUGUGACUCAUGAUGGCGCGGUGCGGUAUGUGAAUAACCAUCUUUGGGGCGCGAUCUCGCCACCGAAAGCAACCAGGAAUGAUGCUGCUGCUGGGGCCACCACUGGAACCACGCCGAGCGCGAAUAGUGGCUCCCUACACCGCUCGCCCAGAGGCGUUACGGGUAACAGCAUCUACGAGAAUGCUGUGUCGUCUGGGUAUGAGCUUGCGAAGGAGAAGCCUACGCGAUCUCCGCAGUACGAUGGAGGUGCAGAACGUCACUUCUUGUUCUCCGAAUCACAGCGAUUAUCCGUUCCUCGACAGAUACAUCAACCACCGGCGAACAUUACCAUACAGCUGUGGCAGACAUAUCUGAGCAACGUCGAUCCGCUCAUGAAGGUAUGCCAUGCACCGACGGUACAACAGACUAUUCUGGGCCAGAUUGGAAGGCCUGCGCCGCCGCCUCCUCUCCAAGCACUUGCGAGCGCUAUAUACUUCAUUAGCGUUGCGUCGUUACAGGACGAUGAGUGCCAGGCGCUGUUGCACAUUCCUCGCAGCGAGCUUCUAACAGCGUAUCGACGAAUGACCGAGGACGCGCUGUCCGCUGCUGGGUUUGUCACGAGUACAGAGCUUGCUGUGCUGCAAGCAUUCGUUCUGUACCUUGCUGCGCUGCGUAGCAUAGGCGACAAUGCCACCGUGUGGUCUCUUGCCGGUGUAGCGAUUCGCGUUGCAGGCACGAUGGGUCUGGCGCGUGAUGGGAGUGUACUGCGCCUACCACCGUUUGAAUCAGAAAUGCGCAGACGGCUGUGGUUCGCUCUCGUCUAUCUCGACGCUCGUACGGCAGAGCUUGUCGGACAAGAUGGCGAUCUGUUGGUGCAAAACUACGACGUGCAUCUUCCAGCCAACCUGAAUGACUCCCAGCUGUUCCCGGAUAUGCAAAGGUUGCCGGAGAGCAAGCCUGGAGCCACGGAGAUGGUCUAUGUCAUGUUCCGAGCCAUCGUUCCGAGCACCAUCAAAUCAACCAUUGGGCUGGCAGGUGCCGGUGGCACUUGGAAACAAAUGCGAGCGAGCGGCAUCCCAGCGACAUACAAAGCCACCGUCGUCGAAGCGCUUGAAAGCAUGUUCAACGAGGAAUUCCUCAGUUUCUGCGACCCUACAGUGCCACUACAGAGGUUCACGAUGAACGCUGUGCAAACGAUUCUGACAAAGUUCCGACUUGUCGGAAAUAUCUCGCCCAGCCGCAGUCCGGUCAACGCCGACCCCGCAGAUGUGGUCUCCGAGAAUGAGUUUGAGCAGAGUAUGAAAAUGAUGCAGCUGCAACUGGAUCUCUUCCUCGACCCAAGCUUGCAAAAGUGGCGAUGGCACUGGCAGGGCCAGUUUCAAUGGUAUGCAUUAGCCGUGCUGAUCCGUCAAACGAGGCUUCGUGAGCCUUCUGCGAAGACCAGCAGAGCCUGGGGCAUCCUUCGUCAGGUCUUCGACACCGUCAUGCCGACGCUGGAGCUGGCACCACAUAAAAGUCCCCUUUUGAGUGCUAUUCGCGAGCUCUUCAACUCCGCUGCACAUGGGCAAGACACGUCGAAUGCGACACCCGCUACCAUCAAGUUUGGCAGCACACCAGCGAGCGCGGUUGCGACGCCCAGUACGUGGCGUCCAGGUACAACCCCGCACAAUGCUCUGCUACCUGGGAUGAGCGCAAGCGUGUCGACACCCGCGCCGGCCACCAACCUUAUAAAUGGCAUAGGCGAUUUUUCGCUUAAUCUUGACUUCGAUGCAAUUGACUGGGCGGAGUUUGACCGAUUGACAACCGAGCUUUGUGGCCAACCUACAGGGUGAGAAUCGUUCAGUCUGUGAAUCUCAGACCCCAUGAAGUUGCUGGCUCUGGUCAACUGGUAGCCCUGAGAAGACGAAGUGAGUAUUACAAUUCCGUAGCUACUGAAGACAGUUACCACCAAAGCAGUAUGGUCUCCGCGAGUCCAAUGUAUCAUAUGCUUAUGGGCGACGAAGACGGCCACCUGAUGGGUGAAUGUACGCGCAGGCUGGUCUGAGUGACCACAGCAAGGCUCCCCGAGCCAGCGAUCGCCAUCUGAGGAGCAUUUCGUGGGACGUCUUCAGCAUUAUGGUGAAAGUGCGGCCGACGCAGAUGAGGUAUCGUGCUUGUCCAUGGUUAUUGCAGCGUGCUUCCUCUGACAUAACGUCGCUUGAGACAAUCAUUGG